ACGUCAAAUUUGUAUAUAAAGAAUAAAUUGUAAUUAAGACGAACUGCCGCUACCCCUCUUUGGCUUUCACGCUAGCGCUCGCAGAUUCUCUUGGCGGAAAUCUCCGGCGAGUGUACUUGAAUAACUCCGGCGGUGCGUCGGAAUCCUACAUAUCUCAUUGAGCUCCGCUCCGAUAAGUGAUUUGGUUCCGAGUUUGAAACAUUGACGGAAUCCGAUAUACUGUGGGCGCAAUUGUGUGUAUCUGUAUACCAUAAUGCCCGUAUGCCUCUGUACAGGCAGUCAGGCGGCGGAAAUGCGGUGCGAAUCGGUGUUCCUUCGGAUCACGCGUCGCGCGGUGGUUCGAAAAACUUCCACCACAGGCGGUCGAAGGGGUCGCCGGCUUAUAAGAUCUCGCUUGGAUUCUUCGUUUCGACACUGGCUGCUAUUUUACUGAUCUCUGCGUUUUUCUAUUUCUCGCUGCAAGGUGGGGAGGUAAAUAGAUUCCAAGUUCAAGAGGAUGGCACAGUCAAUGAUAUGGAUUUUCUCAAGGAUGUGACACGAAUUCAACAAUCCAAUGAGCUCAAAUUUGGCCGUGGAUCAGUGUCCCAUGGUGGGGAUUCACGGUACUGGGAAAAAGAUGAUAGAAGGAGAGAUGAAGGGUAUAGCGAGGAAGAACUAGAGAAAACCCAUGUUGGUUCUGUGGAUAAGUUUGAUAAUCUAGGGAAAGACACGGAGAAAAAAUCUUAUUCUACUCAAUCUCGUAAUUUCUUGGAUCAUCGAGGACAUGGCUUAUACAACGAAGCUGGACGAAAUGAAUUGAAAAUGUAUGAAGCUGAAUAUGAGGCGUCUUUACAAGGGUCUGGAAAUACGAAAAAUGUUAGCAAUCAAAACCAGGAAUCUAGCAGUGCCAACGGGAGAGAGCAUAGGAUACUGGAUGAUUUUGAUGAAUAUGAUGAUGGCAUGUACUUGCAGGAUGAUCAAAUAGAAGAAGAUGAUGAUGUUUGGCGCAAUGACAAGGAUCGGUCUGAUGCUACUAAAUCCCAUGCUGUAGAUUCUGGGGAGACUCUUCAUGUGCAUCAUGCUAGAGAUAAGAAACAAAAUGUCAAUGAGGAGGCUGAUAAAGAAACAAGUGGUUUGCAUGGCAAGGAAUCUUUGUCAGACACACAUCAAACAGAAAUUGAUCAAAAUUCUGGGCAUGCUAGUUCAAUUGAAAGUCUAUCCAAUCGACGGAUGAAUCCCAAAAAACGAUCUGUUUCAAAAAAGAAGCCUAAACGCAGAAAAAGUUCUGGUUCUUGUGAGAUGAAAGUUUUGAAUUCAACAGAGCUAUUGGUGGAACCCUUGGAGAGUCGAAAGUUUGCAAGAUUUUCCUUACAGUUUACGGAAACAGAAGAAGCACCCAAUGGAGAUGAAUAUUGGGAACCUAGAUUUGCAGGACAUCAGAGUCUCAUAGAAAGGGAAGAAUCUUUCGUUGCUCGUGAUCAAAAAAUUAAUUGUGGCUUUGUGAAAGGCCCUAAAGGGUCACCCAGCACAGGGUUUGACUUAGCUGAAGAUGAUGCAAAGUACAUUAGCAGUUGCCACAUUGCUGUUGCUUCGUGCAUUUUUGGUAAUUCUGAUCGUUUGCGAUCACCAUUUGGCAAAACGGUCUCUCGCCUAUCAAGGAAAAAUGUAUGCUUUGUCAUGUUUGUGGAUGAUAUAACUUUGCGAACUCUUUCAUCGGAAGGCCAAAUGCCUGAUGUGAUGGGUUAUGUUGGAUUAUGGAAGCUUGUGGUAGUGAAAAAUCUUCCAUAUAGUGACAUGCGGAGAGUUGGGAAGAUACCAAAAUUUUUGGCUCACCGACUUUUCCCUAAAGCCAGGUACUCAAUUUGGUUAGACAGCAAGCUUCGCCUGCAGCUUGAUCCAAUGCUUAUCCUGGAGUAUUUCCUAUGGAGAAAAGAAUAUGAAUAUGCUAUUUCUAAUCACUAUGCUCGUCAUUGUUUGUGGGAAGAGGUUGCCCAGAAUAAGAAGCUCAAUAAGUAUAACCAUAGUGUCAUAGAUGAACAAUUUGCAUUCUAUGAAGCAGAUGGGAUGAAAAGAUACAAUGCAUCAGACCCUGACCAGCUUCUACCCAGCAAUGUACCUGAAGGCUCUUUCAUUGUCAGGGCUCAUACACCCAUGUCAAAUUUGUUUUCUUGCCUUUGGUUUAAUGAGGUUGAACGGUUUACUCCUCGUGACCAGCUAAGUUUCGCCUAUACGUAUUACAAGCUGAGAAGGAAAAAUCCCGAAAAAACCUUUAGACUCAAUAUGUUCAAGGAUUGUGAGAGGCGCAAGAUGGCUAAACUGUUCCACCACAGGUCUGAGGAGAAGCGGACAGACCUGGGGCAUGAGACCGAGUAAUCUCAUUGUAUGUAGUAGUUUUCUGGAUGAAAUGGUUAUUCUUUUCCGUCAUACACGUUUGAGUGGUACGUUUGCUAGCUUUUCCGAAGAAUUGCAAGCACAUGCCUCAGUUGGCAUGGUGUAGCCAUGCAAGGUCAGUUUCUCUGACUCCUCGAAAUCCUUGAUUGGUGCAAAAAAGACAUGGGCGCUGGUUUCUAGAAGGUUGAUUCCAUUUAUUAUUUCAUUUCAUGCAUUAAACGAUCAAUGUCAAUGUCAAAUUAAUGCAACUGGUGUCGGCGUGGCAGUAUUCAUUUGAUGUUGAUCACCUGCUGCUGUUGUUGCUACACAGUAAUACAUCAUUGUCAUUCUUUAGUUGAUAAAAGUUUUGGACUAUUCAUAUGUUUUAUAUAGUCUUUCUCCGUUGCUGCCUAUGUAAUAUAUGACAUGAUUGUUUUUUCAUGUGGUUGAGUUCAAUCGGUUGGAAGAUUUGAUCAUAAGUAUAUUUAUUCAUGCCA